AUGAAGACCAAGUCAACAACAACAGCAAAAUCAAUAUCAUCUAUACAUCCAAUACCAUCAGACUUUGUUGGUCGUAUAAAGUCAUUCCUCAUUGAACAGAAGUACGUGGGAUAUGUUGCCGCGAUUCUAUUGUUGCUAGAGGUGGUGAUCAAUGUGUUGGUCGUCUUGAAGGUGCCUUAUACAGAGAUAGAUUGGUCGACAUACAUGCAACAGAUUGAACUCUAUGAUAAUGGCGAACGCGACUACACCAAGCUAGAGGGCAGCACAGGCCCCGUGGUCUAUCCCGCGGGCUUCAUCUACGUGUUUGCCUUGCUGCGAAGCGUCACCUCCAACGGCACAGACAUCCGCCGUGCACAAUGGAUCUUUGCUGCGCUCUGCGUCGCAUUCACCGCCGUCGUCUUUGCCAUUUACAAGCGCACCCGAUCAGUCCCAGGCUACGUGUUGCUCUUCCUCAUUCUUUCCAAGCGCAUCCACUCAAUCUUUGGCCUGCGACUGUUCAACGACUGCAUAUCAAUGUUCCUGUUCUAUGUGGCGCUCUACCUCUUCACACGUCAUCGCUGGUCGAUCGGCUGCGUCUUCUUCAGUCUGGCCGUGGGCAUCAAGAUGAACCUGUUGCUGUUCGCCCCCGCACUCCUAUUGCUUCUUCUGCAGACAUACGGCGUGGCCAAGACUGUGCCACGUCUGGCCAUCUGUGCCAUCGUUCAGGUAUUGCUUGGAGUGCCCUUCCUGAUGCGCAACCCUGUUGGCUAUGUAGCACGCGCGUUUGAAUUCUCGCGCCAGUUCAUGUACAAGUGGACGGUAAACUGGCGCUUCGUGCCCGUCGACGUGUUCCUCUCCAAGCCAUGGGCCAUCGCACUGCUUGCCUGCCACCUAUUCGUGCUUUCACUCUUUGUCUGGAAGUGGUGUCGCGCACAGGGUGGACUGCUGAACUCGAUCCGUCUCAGCUCGCCAUCAUCACAGCCCAAGCGUUACCUAUCACCCGACUACAUCGUCACAUUGAUGUUCACGGCCAACAUUGUAGGCAUGACAUUCUCGCGAUCACUGCACUAUCAGUUCUAUCUAUGGUACUUCCAUUCAUUGGCCUUCCUCCUGUGGCAUUGUCCAAUGCUUCCAGUACCACUUCGCAUCACAAUACUUGGUGCCAUCGAGUACUGUUGGAAUGUAUAUCCAUCGACAGACUUUAGUUCAAUACUAUUAUUCAUUUGCAAUGUACUCAUAGUAGCAUCAAUAAUGCUUGCGCCUACACCACCAAUGCUCAUCAAUCCAGCUAUCAACCAACAAGCCAAGGACAACAAGAAGAAGCAAUAA